AUGCCUCGAAUCAAGGUGCGAGGUCGUCGGUACGCUGCUGACGAUGGCAAACCCUCCUCGUCGGAGCAACACAUCGCCUGGGACGAGUCGCGCCGCACUGUGCGCCGGGCAGAUGCGCAGGAUGGACUGCCGCAACGCUUGCCCGUCCGGUACUCCCCCGUGGACGUCCGAGUCUUGUCGGGCUUGCUGCGGAGGUCGCGUGGCCUGCACUACCAGCCGCGGAUCAGACUGCCGCCAAGACUCGGAGGAGCACGCCGCAGGAAGCUCGUCGCCAAGCUGGCUCAGGAGCGCAAAGACAUCACGUUCCUGCGUCGUCGCACUGCACGGUUGCGACGAGCCGCCCGGAAAGCAGUCGCGCGUGUCGCACUCGAGGGAACGGUGCCAGAGCUGGACGAGCUCCUGCGCGGCGUCUACCCGCGAAACCGCGAGCGCAUUGUCAAUUUCAACAGCAGAGUGGGUCCGCUGGCACCGCUGCACCUCGCUGCGCAGCGUGGGAAUGCGGGCAUGGUCGCAGCGCUGCGCAAGGCCGGGGCAGACGCCAAUCUGCCAGACGACGUUCGGUUUGAUUGGGCGACACCGCUGCACCACGCCGUUCGCAUGGGCCACUUGCAUAUCGCCUCGCUUCUACUCACGACGAGAUACGUGCGAGACACGCGCGGGGAGCCGCAGCCCCUUCGCAGCAGGUCGCAUCCGGGCGCAGCAAUCGAUGCGCGAGGCGUGGAUCUGGCACAGCCCGCUCGUGCCGACGUGGUGGAUGGUCGAGGUGUCACGCCAUUGAUGGUGGCAUGCCUGAAGGGCGAUGUCGCCAUGGCGAGACUGCUCCUAGAGCACGGCGCGAGUGUGCACGCCGUUUCGCGCUUUGAGUAUCUGCAACAGCGAACGUUGCGCUUCUCGGGAAACGCGUUUCUCGGUGGCGCCGCUGGCCGACGCACGGGAAACGUCUCGCUCGAGUAUGCACGACCGUUUCCGGCGUCCACGCCGCUGCACAACGCCGCCAGGUCGGGCUCGGUGGAGCUGGUGCGGCUCUUGCUGGCUCGUGGCGCCUCCCACGCCGCCCAAGACUUUGAAGGCCGCGAUGCACUCAUGUCUGCAGCACAGUUUGGCCAUGUCGACGUUGUUCGCGCAUUGCUGCAGGCCGGCGCAGUCCCCACCAAUUUAAGCACGGCACAGCCAGAGUUUUUGCGCAUUCGCC